AUGAAUGAAAGUGGGGAGUUCAGGAGCAGUUCAGCAGCACAGCAUGAGUUCAAGCCUGAUAGACCUGCAGAUGAGCUGAAGAUGUUCAGCUCUCACAGAGGCCAUCAGUGGUUUUCUCUGCUGUCUGAGGUGCUCCUUCAUGUGCUUCUUGGUCUCUGCCUUCAUGAUGUGGAGGCUUCUGGAGAAAAACAAGUUAUUCAUAGAAAAGUUGGAGACUCUGUGGAGCUUUCAUCCAAUUUACCAACAGAAGGAGUCAGCAGAGCAUCAUGGAAAUAUAAAAACUUAGCAGUGGCAUAUGAAAAUGGUGUUAUUACAAACAAUCCAUUUCAGGACAGAGUGGAGUUCAAUAAUGUGAACUUUAGUUUAACAGUGAGAGAACUGACCCUUCAAGAUUCUGGUGAUUUCAGUUUUACCUCAGCAACCAAAGACCAACAAAGACCUAAAUUCAUCAUCACUCUGCAAGUUCAUGAACCGAUAUCUAAGCGGCCCGACCUGUUUUCCAACAUCAGUGGGCCCGGCCUAAAUGGAUUCUGUACAGUUUAUCUGGACUGCAGAGCAGCUUCUCAGAGCAACAUCACCUACAUCUGGACUGUAGGAAACCAAAGAUAUAGAGGCCCUAAGCUGCAAUACACUAUCGGACCACAAGAUGGAGACACCAUAUUCUCCUGCACUGUCUCUAAUGUUGUCGGUGAGAUGUCAGCAUUUAAAUCAGUGAGGUGUAGAAACAACACCAACAUCCUCUCUAAGGAAGGGUGUGGCUUUUCUCCCAUCAUAUUUUGGGUCAGGCUGUUUAUUGGACUUCUUGUUGUUCUAUUAUUGGUCUCACUGCUUCGCUUCAGAAAUUUGAAGGAAAUAUUUUGUGCCAGGCUUAAACACAAGGCAACAGCUGACCAGGAUCAGACUCAGCAACAUCCCUGCUCCUCACCUCCUCCUGGUGAUGCUUCUGUGUACAAAACCCUGAGAGGCUCAACAGAUGCUGAGCAAGGUGAAGCUUCAGAUGAAUACGUCCAACCUCAACAAGUUCCCAUCAAGGAUUGGGACAAUCUUAUUGACAACUAGUGGACACGAUGCAUCAGAAAAGUUCAUUUCAAUGACUUCUGUUGUCUAGUUAUGGUGCAUAUUUUGAUAUUUAGAACUAAGGAUGCUCUUCAACACACAUGAAAUGUGGCGUUACAAUCAGAAUGAUUGUG